AUGACCGGGGGAGAAGACCAGGACGAGCGUAGCAUAGUACCCUGCAAUCGGUGGGACUACGACACCGAGAAAGACGGCGAAAGCAUCGUCAGCAUGUGGAACUUGGUGUGCACUCGCGACUGGCUCUACUCCGUUUCGCAAUCCGCGUUUGGACUGGCCCCCAUGCUAUUAGUUCCCAUCGCUGGAAUCGCAGCAGACCGCGUGGGUCGCAGACCAGUCUUGUCGAUGUGCGCCAUCUCCACAUUGCUCAGCAGCCUGGUGGCCGCGGCGUCCCCCUCCGCGGGAAUGUUCAUCCUGUCGCGCAUUGUCACUGCUGCCACGGCAAGCGCAACCAUGCUGAUGGCUGCAAUUGUGCUCUACGAAGUUACCGGAAGUCAGCACCGGGCUCCCUAUACCCUAAUAGCCACCGGCGGGGGCGUACUUGUUACGCCUCCGCUGGUGCAGCUUCUUUCGACGCUCAAGCCAAGGUGGGUGCUCUCACAAGCCCUGCUCGUCACGGUCUCGGCGAUAAUGGUCUCUUGGUGCUAUUACCUUGAUGAGUCCCCCGUUUGGCAGAUUGCCGCGUGGAGGCUACGGGCAGCUGAACUCACCGUACUCCGAGCAGCGCGGGUGAACAGGAUAGAAGCUCGCAAGGCCACAGCAACAUUUCAGGCAUUGAAACAGCAGCUCCUGAAGCGAGACGCCAACACCACGUCGGUGACUGCUGGUAUCACGAGCACAGCCCGUUCGGCUUCCCUUCGGCGGCGCGCAUUUUCUGCACUCGUGACGUGGUUUAGCGUGAGCUUUGCAGUUUAUGCCUCAAGCUUGGGUAGCCCGCUUGAAGAACUGUGGGCUCUCGCAUCUUUUCUAUGCAAUGGGCUCAUUCUCAUCAUAGUCAUCUAUGGCAUGAAGCAACGAGGCCACCGCGUGACUCUGUCAGGCCUACUCGCUUUCCUCGGCGGCUCAAGCGUGCUGCAGAUGGUUCUUUCGCAUUGGCCCUGGGCCGCCGCACUUCCUCUGCCGAGAAUAAUGAUGUCGGGCGCGUCGAUGAUUGCCAUGUGUCUGAACUACGCCUACACCGCGGAGGUGUACCCUACGACGAUGCGGUGCGUGGGACUUUGCCUAUCGUACUCCUUCGGCCGGCUUGGCGUGCUUCUGGCUACACGGCUCGUAGCAUCCUUGCACAAAGAACAGCUCUUGGUCGUUGGGGCCAUCACGACAGCGUUGGCAUUUGCGAGCGCAGUAGCGGUCCAGUGUCUUCCCGAAGUAUAUGUCGAGAAGAAGCCCGCCGAAGUCCACCCAGUUCUGAGCGAAGAGCAGCGUAAGGAAGCACUUAAAACAUCUUUGACAUCCACUACGGAGUCGCAGACGUCCCUCAAGCCACACAAACCGGGCAAGCGUCAUAGCCGACGCAAGAGGAUUUAUUAA